CCGGGGCGCGCAGCAAGGAGCCCGGGCCGCUUGGCCCGCUUCCAGCCCAGCCUUUCCCCCGCCUGCGGCCGAGCCGCCGGGACAAUGCCGGGAGGGGCUUUGGCUCAGAUUACACUACCUUUCAUCACCGGAAGGAAUGUUAAGAGUUAAAAGCCCUGUAAGCAACUGGAGGCUGGCAGAACCAUGAGCAACAAGAACCAACCAUGCCAGACGAAUGUUCCGGUGACAUUCUAUGACGUUGCCAUCUAUUUCUCCCGGGAGGAAUGGGAGAUGCUGGCAGACUGGCAGAAGGAGCUGUACCAGGAAGUGAUGAGGGAGAAUUAUGCAAAUCUGAUUUCUCUGGCAGGGGACUGGCCCAGGCAGAGAAGCAAGAAGAAAAAUGAGGAGGAAUGUGUUGAAAAGUUGGAAGCCCCAGAGCUGCCAACUGGAAACAGCUUGGCCAACGGCUCAGAGAAGGCAAAGAACUGCAGCACUCAGAGCAUCCGUGUCCCAGAGCCAAGCAGCAAGGAAGGCGGCUGGCUGGGGCAGCCGGUUGAAGAUGGAAAAGGGAACAGCCAGUGCAUGCGACCCAGUGGGAACCAGGCACCCAAGAAAAGGGCAAGGCCACACAAGUGCGACGAGUGCUGGAAAAGCUUCACCUGGAGAUCGGAGCUGGUUCAGCACCGCAGGACCCACACUGGGGAGCGGCCGUAUAAGUGCGCUGAGUGCGGGAAGGGCUUCAGCCAACACGUCAACCUGACCAUCCACCAGCGUAUCCACACCGGCGAGCGGCCCUACCGGUGCGGCGAGUGUGGGAGGGGGUUCACCCAGCAUAUCAACCUGACUCUCCACCAGAGAAUCCACACUGGGGAGCGCCCGUACCAGUGUGGUGAGUGCGGAAAAAACUUCAUCCGCAAAUCCAACCUGGCCAAGCACCAGAAGAUCCACACGGGUGAGAAGCCCUUCCAGUGUGCGCAGUGUGGGAAGAGCUUCGUGCACAAGUCUGGUCUGGUGUCGCACCACAGGAGCCACACGGGGGAGCGGCCGCACCAGUGUGAGGUGUGUGGGAAGCGCUUCGGCCACAAGUCGGGCCUGCUCUCGCACCGGAAGACCCACACGGGUGAGCGGCCUCACCAGUGCGCCCAGUGCGGGAAGAGGUUCCGGCAUAAGUCAGGCGUGGCCUCACACCAGAGCACCCACACAGGCGAGCGGCCUCACCAGUGCACCCAGUGCGGCAAGCGGUUCUCCCGCACCUAUGAGCUCAUCUCCCACCAGCGUCUGCACACAGGGGAACGGCCCUACCCAUGUGCUGACUGUGACAAGAGCUUCGUGCGCAAAUCCAACCUGGUGAAGCACCAGCGCGUGCAUACAGGGGAGCGGCCCUACCAGUGUGACCAGUGCGAGAGGAGCUUCUCCCAGAGGUACGAGCUGGUGGCUCACCAGAUCAGCCACACUGGGGAGAGCCCCUAUACCUGUGCCCAAUGUGGGAAGAUCUUCAGCCAGAAGUCGAACCUCGUGAAGCACGAGCGCAUCCACACUGGCGAGAGUCCCUUCCCCUGCACCCAGUGUGGGAAGAGCUUCAGCCAACGCGCCAACCUGGUCAAACACCAGCGGAUCCACACUGGGGAGCGGCCGUUCCAGUGCGCCCACUGUGGGAAGAGCUUCAGCCAGAAGUGCGAGCUCGUGUCGCAUGAGCGGAUCCACACCGGGGAGCGGCCAUUCCAGUGCGCCCACUGCGGGAAGAGCUUCAGCCAGAAGACGAGUCUGAUCACUCACCAGAGGAGCCACGUGGAUCAGUGACUGAGUGAAUGUGCCUAGGGUGAUGCCCUCCCAUCCAGCAAUGUCUGGCACCCCAGAUGAUGCCAAUGGGGGGCUGACGUGCAGGUCGAGGGGGGUGCAUGGCUCUGGGUAUGGAUCCAUCAGUAAAUAUCUUCUUGCCUACCAGGGAGCAAACAAGGGAGAAAUUGGGGCUCUCAAGCUGGGACAGCUUGAGAUUUCCAAACAUGUCCCAGAAAGAGUUUAAACGGCUCCUUGCAUUGCCCUUGUCAGGAGAGAGGGGAUAUUUCAAACCUUCCAGUUAACACAGAGACCAUGUCAGACUCACUAAGGCUCGGCAGAUCGGGAAACACCAUGUAAUUGUCGAGAAAUCCAGAAAAGGUCUGGCAAAGCAGGAACCAUGUUGAACAGCAGAGUGUUCCCCCAGGAGAAGAGGGGGCAGGUUCAGAAGACACAAGGCUGAUUCAAACCUUGUGUUUUCCAAAUGGCUGAUGAUUCAUAGAUUCAUAGACUCUAGGGCUGGAAGGGACCUCGAGAGGUCAUCGAGUCCAGUCCCCUGCCCUCAUGGCAGGACCAAAUACAUCCCAGAUAGACAUUUAUCUAACCUAACCUAUGAUAAACCUUCUGAGCUUGACUGAUCCUCAGGAAGACUGUAGGAUGGGGGUAUGGUGUGGUAGCCCCCUCAUCUGUACCCUCAACUAAUGGGAACAUGGAGGGCUGGAAGGGGUGGAGAAUGAUUAACGGGGUAUGAAGAACAGCUGGUCAAAUAAUAUUCAGCAAAUAUAUGAUUUGGUUCUUGCUGAACAAUGAAUCAAAGAAAUAACUUUUUGAAGUGUUCAUUCAGCUGUUGAAAACUGUUCCUCAAAGAAAUUAUUUGGGGCCAGGUUCACAAAGGUGUUUAGGUGCGUAAAGGUGCCGAUAGGUGCUGUUGUCAAUCUCAUUAGCACCUAAGUGAGUCAGGCACCCAACUCCCCUUGACUCUCAGUGGUAUCUCUGGCCCAGGUCCUCAAAAGUAGUUAUGCACCUAAGUCCCAGGGGGAGUUAUACUUGGAGGAUCUGGCUGGAGGUGCCUUAUCUGCUUAGGAGCUUUUGAAAAGUCUCAUAGGUGCUUAGCUGCAUCUCUAGACACCAAAAUGCUUUGGUAAAUCUGGCAGUUGACCAAUAAUGCAAAAGCCAGUGAGUAAUGCUGAAUCCGUUUUUCUGUUCUUCUCCCAGACACAGUUCUACUCCUGUGUGUGGCAGGUUUAAACGCAUCCUGGUGCGUGGGUGAUCAAAAACCAUUAUUUCUGAUGCUUUUUCUGUGGUGAGUAUGAAAUAACGUCAUGCACCAACAGCGAGAGGGGCUUGUUGAGCGAACAGGUCUCUGCCGUCUCUAGAUUCUGUUCAAUAAGCUGGUGAUUUUAGUCUGUUUCCUACUGGAUGGGAGCCCAUAUAUCAAUAAGCCAAUGGCAUCGUUGGCACCUCCAUUAGCAGGUGAAGCAGAGAGAUCAAGCGCAAAAUCAACAUGAAGACUGCACUGCCAUUGGACCGCUACGUGUGGGGUGAAAUCGUGGCCCCUUUGAAGCCAAUGGGAGUUUUCCCAUUAAUUUCAAUGGGGCCAGGAUUUCACCCUUGCUC